AUGAAAGGUCGUCUGCUUUCAAAUUUUGGGAUAUAUAAACAAACGCUAAAGGUGUUAUUUUCACCGUCGUAUCAAUCCGACAUAUUCGGAAUACCCCCUUUUCUAGAAGCCAAACGACUUUUGUUAAUUUCGGUACAAUUUUACGCAUGCAUCGUUGUUACAUUAUUAACAACAUGCAUUGUGUUUGCAAAAUUUUUAAAAUAUGACACGUCAGUUUGGAAAAAAGCCAUCGCGUAUACAUCGCCAUCGAAUAAAGAAAUAAAAAAUUUAGAACGUGAAGAAAUUAUAUGGGCAACCUACAUCGAAUGGAUAGAUGAUUAUUAUAAUUUCUACACGAACGUUGUCGAACAGAUAAAUACCGUUUUAGAAAACGAUAUUAAUUCAGUCCAUAAUGAUAAAUUAUCGAUAAGCGAACCAAAUUUAAUACAGAGUAAAAAUGCAGUUAAAUACGCUUGCGAUGCAAUUAUAAAUCAUAAAAGUAAAAAAAAAACAAAUUCCGAUGUUUCGAUACCCAAAUCGUUUUUGGACGUUAAUGAAAAUCCUCCUUCAUGUGAAAAAAAAAAAAGAAAAGUUAAUUAA